CGUCAGAUGGUAGCAGUUGCGAAGAAAAAGACACCGCUGAGUAUCUUCUACUGUUGAUUUGUUCUUUUUUUAAAAAAAUAAAUUAAUAUGUUAAAUUGUUCGAUUAAACAUUAGUUUGAUUAUUUAAAUGCUGUUUAAUCGAUCUAUUAAUUUAAUAUCAUUGAUAUAAGAUUAACUACAAGAUAAAGAGGUUAUGGAUAACAAUGAAAAUACAAUGCAAAUAGAAGAUCAAGCUGGAGAAGUUGAACACAAUAUGAUUUUACAGCAUGAUCAUGGAACACCAGAAGGUUCUAACAAUGAUAAUGCACAAGAUCCUACUAAUGAUAAUGUACAAGAUAAUGACAAAAAUGAAAUUGUAGCUAAGAGUUCACAACAAACAAAUGAAAUAAAUCUUGAUGUCUCAGAAGUAGACUCUGACCAAGCAUGUCCGAUUUGUAUGGAGCAAUGGACUAGUUCGGGAGAACAUCGUUUAUGUUGCUUACGUUGUGGACAUCUGUUUGGAUAUAGUUGUAUUAUCAGAUGGCUACAACAUUCUAAUAGUGCAAAUCGAUCUUGUCCACAGUGCAAAGCAAAAGCUUCAAUGAAACACAUUAGAACUUUAUAUGCAAAAAAACUUACAGCAAUUGACACUUCGGAAUAUGAUAAAUUGAAGACAGAAUUGAAAAAUGUAUCAGCUGAGAAAAAACAUAUAGAGAUGGAAUUAUCACAGCACGUUGUUCGUCAAAGAAUAUACGAGAGUCAGUUGGACAAUAUGAGGAAACGCGUCACUGAAUUAGAAAGUCAAUUAGAAAAUAUUCCACAUAAAAGUCAAGAUGUUUUAAAUCUCUCUAGAAAGUUUUAUUUAGACCGAACUAUAGAGAUAUGCAAAGAGAAUGGAUGCCGUGUCUUAGACUAUAAUCCAUGGUAUAAAAUUCUAGCUGUUUCUCAAAAAUCAAUAAACUCUCUGUUUAACGGAUACGGUAUAAGAAAAAUUGACUGUGAAUAUUUCAACGUACGGCAAUUUGUUUGCUUGCAUCUUGGUGUUAUAAGAGAUCUAACUUUUCAUCCUACGCAACCCACGCUUCUUCUUAGCGUUGGUUUCGAUAAAUAUGCUAGGCUGAUGGACAUUCAAAAUAAUAUGACAGUACACACAUACCAAACAGAAUGUUCACUUUGGAGUUGUUGUUGGUCAGGUGACAAUCCAAACAUAUUUCUAACCGGCGCGCAAAAUGGACUUAUUAGUCAAUUCGAUAUUAGACAGACUUCUGGUGCUGUAAGAAUCGUUGACGAUCGUCACGAUGUGUCACCGGUUGUAUCAAUGGCAAUGGUUCCACCGAAUCCCAACAGUGGUAUAAGUAGAGGUGGAUUUGUAGCGUGUAGUUUAAAUACAUGUUACGCGUACGAAGUUAAAGACGCUGUGUACGUACCCAAGCAGAUACUCUUGGAAGGCCCCUUCAUCUCGGUGCGCUAUGAUGCAAAGCAUAAUCAUUAUCUUAUAUCAUCUCGUCCCAAUCCCAGACAACUGCAGGCGAGACACACAGUAUGUACUUUAGAAAAGAAUGCAGAUUUUGACACAAUCUAUUGUAACACUAUACAUACAUUGCGUGCUGGAAAUACUCAACAGCUUUUAUCUCGUCCGUGUUACUUGUAUACGGAAAAUGAUACAUUAGUCGCAGCGUAUGCAGAAUCAAGCAGCAAUAUAUCAUUAUGGAGUACAGCGAAUGGCUCACAAUUGCAUGGUCUUCCCGUAUCGGAUCCUGUUAUGGAUUUAUGCUCAUUUGAAGCUAACAAUAAUUUAUUUUUAGCUACUCUUUCUUCAAGGAAAUUGAGACUAUACAAUUAUGGGCACAAAUUGACAUAAAGUACAAAUCAAAAAUAAUACACAAUCUGCCUCGUUGCUUGCUGUAUGUGUGUAUAUGUGUGAUAUCUAUCUUAAGCCGUGAUCGAAUAUUUCUUUUUUGAUAUAAUAUAUAUUAUGUGUAUACAAGACUGUGUGAGAGUUAAUUUUUUUAUACAUAAUGUACCUACUAUAUCUCACAUAUACAUAUCUCUUAUCUUUCUUUACAUACAACUUUGAAGUAAAAAUGAAUAAAUGUUUGUCUAAUUUCACACUUAUCUUUUUAAUAUAAAUGAAUUUUAUUUUUAUUAUUUUUCUGUAUAUGUUUGUGUUAGUUUACAUACUUGGAAUUCAAACAGAUAGUUACAAUCUGAAAAUACAAAGUUUUAUGAUGAAAAACUAAUUAUUCUUUAAAUACUGUUCAGAUUUAGACUAAUCUGAAAAUUCGUUUUACUAAUAUAGUUAAUCUUGUAAAGAAUGUGUUUAUCAAAAUUAUAUAAUGCUGUACAUAGUAGGAAAAUAUCUGUAGAAAGACAGAGUCCAGUCAGAACAAUGAAAAAAAGAAGUAUUUAUUUUUUUGUAAUAUUGAACAUUACAGUGAUUUUUAAAACAUCAAAUAGAACGUCAGAAACAUCCACAAAUAAUAUGAAUGAUUGUGUAUUUUGCGAGCUGAAUAUGUGAAAGAAAUUUGAUUUAGUAAUUGAUGCUAUAUGUAUAGCGAAUUGCUGACAAUAUGUAAACAUGAAUACAAUACACUGAAGCUGUAGUUAAGCUUCAUCCUUUCAUAAUACAACACACAUUUAACAUCUGAUUGUACAUAAAAUUAUGCAUUUCUGCGUCAUAUACAUUAUUAUACAAAUGAUACUAAUUAAAUUUUCAUCUCUUUCUAAACAAACAUCACUCUCUGUGUGUGUCUGUGUGUAUGUGUAUGUAUGUAUUUGAUAAUUUUAUAAAUUAGUUACCAAAAAAACAAGUAAUCUGUUGUUUUUUUAGUUAAAAUCGAAAGUAAUCUAAUUUUUUUCUUUAAACCUUUUCCACAAUUGUACAUUUUAACGUCUGCAGUUUAGUAUUAAAUCAAAUUGUAAAUUUAUACAUAAAUGCUAUUUAUGUUUAAAUCUGGAAUGUACACUACGUGAUGCAAAUACAAAAAGAUUGACAGAAUAUGUACAUGUAAGAAUACAUAUCCAUGAAAUGUGUGUGAUAAGAGGCAAUUUCAUCACCUCACAAGCCAACGUGAAUAAUGUACAAAAGUAUAAAGUAUUAACACAAAGUGAAAUUAAGUUUAGAACUUUUUUUAUACAAGCAUACACUUCAAUAAUAUACAAUCAGAUUUGCUCUCAAAUUACAGAUUCUCUAUUUUAAAUCUAUCAAAAAACUAAAAAAAGAAAGAAUUAUUUUUUUGCACAUAUUUAUAUACUAUCUAUAUAUAAAGGAUAUACAUACAUCCUUAUUUCUGCACAAUUAUAAAUCUAAGUGAUGAAAUUACUUAACGAUUAUUUAAU